UGCUUCGAGGGUGCCUACCCGGCUCUGCCUGCCGAGGGCACGCGAGCGCUCGUCGAUUUUCUCACCGGUCAGGAGCUGGUUUCCUACGUGGCCCGAAACCUCUCCAUCCAGGACCUGACGCUCUGCAGGGAGUUUCCCGUCCCACCCUGCGUGCUGCAGAGGACGUUCCUCGCCGUGGUGGGAGCCUUGCUCGAGAGCAGCGGGCCAGAGAGGACCAGCAUCUUUGUCAGGGAUUUUUUUAUUCCCGAACUGAUCGGAAAAGACCUGUUUGAGAUCUGGGAAGUCAUAAAUCCAAUGGGCUUACUCGUGGAAGAGCUGACCAAGAGGAACAUCUCUCCUCCAGAGCCACGGAUUACUAGGCAGCUGGGCGUCAGCACGGUUCUGCCGCUGUACUUUGUCGGGCUGUAUUGCGAUAAGAAGAUUAUAGCUGAAGGCCCCGGUGAGACAGUGCUUGCUGCAGAGGAGGAGGCGGCCCGCGUGGCGCUGCGGAGGCUCUACGGCUACACCGAGAACAGGAGGCCUUGGGAUUACUCCAAACCCAAACCAGAACUGGCAGCAGCAGAGGCCAUCAGCAGCAGCUAG